CAAAGCAGUAGCACUGCGGAUCCUCCGAGCCCACACUGAGCCGACACGGGUGGUCAAUUUCGGUCCGUUUCAGAGCCGUGCUGCGGUCAUCAUGGCUCUCUACGAAUAUGUCACCCAAGAGCAACUCUCAGGUUUUGAUAAAUAUAAGUACAGUGCAGUGGACUCCAACCCCCUUUCCAUCUACGUAAUGCACCCCUUUUGGAACUCAGUCGUAAAGGUCUUGCCCAGAUGGCUUGCCCCUAACCUCAUUACGUUUACAGGGUUCAUGUUCCUGGUACUCACCUACACCUUGCUGUCCUUCUAUGACUUUGACUUCUAUGCCUCAGCGGAAGGCCACACACAUGUGCCAAGUUGGAUGUGGAUAGCUGCUGGUUUGUUUAACUUUCUGGCCUAUACCUUAGAUGGUGUGGAUGGAAAACAGGCUCGGAGAACAAACUCCAGUACUCCGCUGGGUGAACUGUUUGAUCACGGCCUGGACAGCUGGGCAUGUGUGUUUUUUGUUGCUGCAGUCUACUCUGUCUUUGGACGGGGUGAUACCGGCGUCAGCGUGGUAACGCUGCAUUACCUGUUAUGGGUUGUCCUUUUUUCCUUCAUACUGUCACACUGGGAGAAAUACAACACUGGAAUUUUGUUCCUGCCUUGGGGCUACGAUAUCAGCCAAGUGACUAUUUCUAUCGUGUACAUUGUAACAGCAGUGGUAGGUGUGGAGACAUGGUACAAACCUGUUGUUUGGAAUAUUCAUUACAGAGAUCUCUUCACUGUCAUGAUUGUUGGUUGUUUAUUUGUUGUAACGCUGCCAAUGAGCCUCUACAAUGUCUUCAAGGCGUACCGUAAUAACACCAUGAAGCACAGUUCUGUGUAUGAGGCCUUGUUGCCUUUUUUCUCUCCUGUCCUCUUGUUUGUGCUCUCUACACUGUGGAUCAGUCUCUCUCCCACAGACAUCAUCCAGCAGCAACCCAGAGUCUUUUAUCUCAUGGUGGGAACAGCCUUCUCCAAUGUUACUUGUAAGCUCAUUGUAUGCCAGAUGAGCAAUACUCGAUGCAAGCCUUUGAGUUUGUUGUUGUUGCCGAUGGCAGCUGUUGUGUUGCUAGUGAUAUCUGGGACUGUACAGAACAGCGAAACGGUCAUCCUGUACAUAUGGACGGCUAUAGUCCUACUCACUCACAUACACUAUGGAGUGUCUGUUGUAAAGCAGUUGAGUGAUCAUUUUAAUAUAUAUGCUUUCUCACUGAAGAAGCCUAACUUGGACUGACAAGACGAGGAGAAAAUUGGCCUGAAGGCUGCUGAGGUCUAAGCUAUCAAAGCAUAAUCUUCAGCUAGCCGACUCUCACUAAUCACCAAGGAGACACAGCUUACACCAGGAAACCAAAUUUUACUGACCAAACACGCCUUCUUUUUCUGAGGAUGCUGCUCCAUCAACUAGACUGAUUGAGCCCAGAGAUGCAGCUGCACCACUUGACCCAAUGAGCUCAGAGUUGGAGCUCCGCCACGGGGCUCACUGAGUCCAGAGGCAGAGCUGCUCCAGAGGGCCCACUGUGCUCAGGGGUGGAGCUGCGCCACAGGACCUAUUGAGCCCAGAGACAGAGCUGCAGCAUGGGACUCACUGAGCUCAAAAAAAUGCAGCUGCACAACAGGACCUACAGUGCCUAGACUUGCAGCUGCGUAACAGGGCCCAUUCCUCCCAGAAAGAGCAGUAUUGUGUUGCUAGCUCCAAGUGAAGACUGUUUGGUUGUCUCAUAUCUGUGAAGCUGGGAAUAUUGCUUGUUUCCUAAGGAAAUGUGCUUUUCAGCUGAGAUACUAGGAGCCUUUAAACAGCUGAUAUAAUUUUACUUAAGUCCACAGACGAGUCCAGCAUGCUUCAUCACAUGUAACAAAUCACAUGAUUUACACAUAAGAUGAUAAUUGUCUUCAGCUUAUUGGACUUGAAGAUUUUAUUUAAAUUUAAUCUUGGCCUCAAAUGCUCACUUUGAUAGUCAUCUUUUUUUUAAACAAUUUACAGUAUGAUUGAAGCAAAAGGCAUUACUAAAUUACAUUACUACAAUGGACAGCUUAAGUAGUCUGAUAGGGAACAGUCUCAUUUUCGGUUAUUAUUAAUCUUAUAUAUAUAUGGAAACAGGGAAGAUAAUUGAUUAUUUAAAAGUUGGUGUUUUUGCGGAUCACAUAGAAUUCAUAGGGAAUUAUAAUAAUGAAAGAAAUAACAAGACAGGACUACCGAAAUUACUCACUUGAAGACAUUACACAAGUAACCAGUCAUCAACCACUCAAACCACAGCCUUUCUUACUGAUUGGCAGUAGGAAUAAUAGGUUCUACCCUUUGAACUUUUUAACUGCUAUCUUUUUUUGUUUGUUUUGGUUCCUUUUUACAUUGGUGAUGGUGUGUCUGCAUGCCAAUUUUCAUUUUCUCCAUCUAUCUUUUUGCUUCUUUCCUCCUUGCUUCACUAGUGGGCUUUUAUUGAGUUUAUUCGUGCUUUAAUGAAGAGUGCACUUCAAACCCUAACCAGGAGAGGGUGCACUUGGAGUGAGCGAGUCAAAUCUCGCUUCGUUCUUUAAACACGAUAAAAGCACUAGUCUCUGUGCCACCAACAUGCAAACUACAGGUGUCAUGAUUUACAUCAAACUCAUUCCAGCAUUCAGCUUUCCUCUCUUUUUCUGUUGCUUUUUCUGCAUAUUUUAUUUGGGUUCUUAUUUUCUUUUGGGGGGGAUUUGCAAUGGUCAUAGAAUAUUCUUUUUAAAGCUUUCACUGAUUGUGCAAAAUGUGUGCGUGUGUGUGUUUAUGAUUUGUUUAUAAUGUAUGUAAAAGUGUGUGCGGAUAUGUAUGUAUAUAAUCUGUGUAAGUGUUUUACACUUGCAUACUCUCACUCAUGCUUCAGAAUGUUUGGUUUUUAUAGGAAGAAGGCCAGUCAGUGAAACCAUUUGACUAAUGUUUAAACAUGUAUAACAUAUCCAUGUUGUAAUAACAAUAUAUUAUUGUUCAUUUUACUUUUUUUUUUUUUUUAAAUCUCCAUAGUACAGUUAAAUAUAAAAACAUAAUUAUCCCCCUUAUCCUCUAAACUGUUUGACAUGAAUUUAGGAAACAUUACAUUAAUAACCUGUGUUAUGUCCAAAGUAAACAUUAUUUGUUGUGAUUCUCAAUUUCUAAUUUUACUGUCAAGUACACUCUUGAAAUACAUUUGUUGUUAAAGAACGGUGUGAUGUCACUCAUCCCUAAGGGCACUCUUACAUUGAAGUAGAAUUGAGAGAUUUUAGGAAGACCUUGCUUUCCUCCAUUUUUUGCAUUGACCUGUAUGACAGUAUUUCCUCCGUGGGUCAAAUUUAACACGGUAAUCGGCACGUUUAAAAUUGUUAGCACACAUUGUUUUGGUGCUGUGGUCAGUAACUUUAAAACACUGGCUGUGCUGAUGAUUGUAAAACCUUUUGGAUAUACUAAAGCAUGCUUCACAAAUCCAGGGUUAGUGGAGGCUACUGUCAGUGUGACUGAUUGGUGUAUUCUUUUUAUUUGUAUUAUCAUUUUUAAACUGUAAGCAUCCCUCACUAAUGUGACUGUACCCAAGCGAUACAGAUUGCAGAUGCAUUUGUGUAAUGCCUUGGCGAACAAGGAAUUGUUUACUUUUUUUUAAUUUUAUUUUUUUAUCUUAAGUGGGCUAAAACACAUAAACCGUUGCAUAUCGUACAACAAAAUCCAGCCAUGUUGUAACAUUAUCUUGUGCUGCCCCAUUAAAUGUAAGUGUAUCCAU